GGAUCUUCCAGCGCGCGGUUCCUCUCUGCUUCGGCGACGGAUCGCGCUAUCCCAACUCCAGUAGAACCCAAUACGCAAGCAUCUUGUAUGACAAAUCACACUCGCACUAACUGCGGGGGAUACCUUCGAGAAAAACCUUAUGUCAGACGGAAUAAAAGGCCGCUGAUCCACACCUCUUCCUUCCCCAUUCACCUUCCUCAUCCACAAAACCAAAAUAGCAAUGUCCGUUCCGCAGACGCAACGCGAAUACCGUCUCCCUGCUGGUGCUGCCAAGGGCUCCUUUGACGCUUUGACCCUGCAGAAGGAUGUCGCCGUCCCUAAGGCCGAGAAGGGACAGGUCCUUGUCAAAAUCCACGCCGUCUCGCUCAACUACCGUGAUCUCAUGAUCGUCAAGGGCAUCUACCCCCUGCCUCUCAAGGAGAACCCUGUCCCCUGCUCCGACGGUGCCGGAGAGGUCGUCGCCGUCGGCGAGGGCGUCUCAGACUUCAAGGUUGGCGACAAAGUCUGUGGUAUCUUCAACCAGGAACACCAGGAUGGCACCAUCACCAUGAAGGGUAUCGGAUCCGGUUUGGGUGGUGGUUUGGAUGGGUGUUUGACCGAGUACCGCGCCUUCGCUGAAUACGGCCUCGUCAAGUUCCCUGAGCACUUGUCCUACGAGCAAGCCGCUACCCUCCCCUGCGCCAUGGUCACCGCCUGGAACGCACUCUACGGCGCCGUACCCCUCCUCCCCGGACAGACUGUCGUCGUGCAGGGAACGGGUGGUGUCUCCAUCUGUGCACUCCAGCUCGCCAAGGCUGCUGGUGCCCGCGUCAUCGCUACCUCCUCCUCUGACGACAAGUUGAAGAUCGCGAAGGAUUUGGGUGCGCAGGAUCUGAUCAACUACAAGAACACUCCUGAGUGGCAGGAGGAGGUUCUCAAGCUCACUAACGGCGAGGGAGCCCACCACAUCGUCGAGGUCGGCGGUGCGGGAACCCUCACCAAGUCCCUCCAGUGUGUCGUUCUCGGCGGACACAUCCACGCUAUCGGUUUCGUCGCCGGCGCCGGUUCCCCUAAUGACCCUCCCGUGUCCAUGCUCGCGUUGAUGCGUCUCGCCAACUUGCACGGUAUCUUGGUUGGAUCUAAGAGGAUGUUUGAGGAUAUGAACAAGCAUAUUGCGCAGAGCAACAUUGUUCCUAUUGUUGAUAAGGUGUUUAAGUUUGAGGAGGCGAAGGAGGCCUUUGAGUAUCUUGAGAGUCAGAAGCAUGUUGGAAAGGUUGUUGUUAAGGUUUCUGCUUGA